CACCAACACGUAGUAACGACGCGUGCGCAGACAUGACCAGGAAGUUAUUUAUCAUCGAACGAUCUAAAAAUUAAUGCGUUCGCUGAACAUUUUCGAAGACAAAUGUAAACGUUUAUGGCGACAGUACAGCGGAACGAUUCAUACGGUGCAAGUCAUAUUCGUUUGAAACGAUUUUGACAAACAUUUCAAACGAAGAGGGAAAUUUUCAACUUUGACCCCUGACGAAUUGAUCAAAAACGCAGGGCAUCUUUGAAGAAGAAAGAAAGAAGAAAACGAAAACGCCAAGCCCUUGCCAAAGCCCAAAUCAGAGAAUCUGGUGAAAAUGGAGAUGAUUCUCCACCAGAACAAGAUGAUGAUGAUGAUGAAGAGGAAAGGAAGGCUGAGGAAGAAAGACGGCGACUAGACCAGGAGUGGCUGGAGAGGGAGAAGCUGGCCCAGCAGGAAUUCAGACUCCAGUGGAAGAGGGAAGACGCUGCAAGGAAGAGACAGGAGGAAGAAGAGGCGAGGAUAAAGCAGGAAUGGGAGGCCCAGCAGAGGAGAGAGGAAGAGGAGAAGGAGCAGAAGCAACAGGAGAAGAGAGACAGAGAGGUGAAACGUGCGCCAGGAGGAUAAACGCACAAUGGAAGAGCUACACGCAAAGACCUUAACUAAGAUGCACACAAAGAGGGACACUCCUACAGGUCUGUGCUGCCAUGGGACAAGGAUAUAUCCAGAUAUGCCACUGCAGGUUUUCACCAGCCCAUCCUAUGUUUGCACCAUUUAUAGGAAGCUGUACAGAAAAUGUUGGACCAGGCUGAGAGUCAGCUGGAGAAUGGGGGUCCCUGGAGAAACCCUGAGGCUCCAGAUUUUGGUACGGAGCAAGACCGGGCUAACUGCCCCUUCUUCCUCAAAACUGGAGCCUGCCGCUUUGGCGACAGGUGCUCUCGUAAGCAUGUCCACCCCCCGGCCAGCCCUACUCUGAUGAUCCGGGGGAUGUUUGCGACUUUCGGGAUGGACCAGAGGUCACGGGACGACUACGAUACAGACGCCUGUUUGGAGCACAGCGAGGAGGAGGUGCAACAGCAGUUUGUGGAUUUCUAUGAGGAUGUACUUCCUGAGUUCAGGACUGCUGGCAAGGUGGUGCAGUUUAAGGGCAGCUGCAACUUUGAGCCACAUUUGAGAGGAAAUGUUUAUGUCCAGUUUGACACAGAGGAGCAGUGCAGAGAGGCCUUCAUGAUGUUCAAUGGAAGAUGGUACGCUGGUAAACAGCUCCAGUGUGAGUUCUCUCCUGUCACCAGAUGGAAGACUGCUAUAUGUGGUUUGUUUGACCGACAGAAGUGUCCGAAAGGAAAGCACUGCAACUUCCUGCACGUGUACCGGAACCCUGGAAAUGAGUUCUGGGAGGCGGACAGGGACCUGCACAUGUCCCCCGACCGGGGAGGAGGGGGUACAGGGUCUUUCGCUGGGGGCCGGUUCUCUGAGAGGAGUAACCGCUCCUCCUGGACCGAGAGGUCACAGAGCCGACGGGGGGAGAGGAGCAGGAGGAGUAGGAGCAGGGAAAGCAGAAUAGCCCAAAGGAGAGCUAGUGUUCAGAGUGACAGGUCCUGGACCAGUCGUACCAGUACAAGACCCAGGUCGAGGAGUAGGGACAGAGAUAGGAGAGACAGGAGCAGAGAUGGGAGGGACAGAGAUGGGGACAGAGGCAGAGACAGGCGGGAUGGGAGCAGAGACCGAGGUGGGAGCAAGAGAGAGGGGUGGAAGGGUUCACCCACAGAGGCUAGUAGGGGGAGAUCCAGAUCAGCCAGCCCCGGAGAGUCCUCCAAAAGGAAGAGACAGGGGAGCAGGAGCCCCGGAGAGUCCUCUAAGAGGAAGAGACAGGGGAGCAGGAGCCCCGGAGAGUCCUCUAAGAGGAAGAGACAGGGGAGCAGGAGCCCCGGAGAGUCCUCUAAGAGAAAGAGACAGGGGAGCAGGAGCCCCGGAGAGUCCUCUAAGAGGAAGAGACAGGGGAGCAGGAGCCCCGGAGAGUCCUCUAAGAGGAAGAGACAGGGGAGCAGGAGCCCCGGAGAGUCCUCUAAGAGGAAGAGACAGGGGAGCAGGAGCCCCGGAGAGUCCUCUAAGAGGAAGAGACAGGGGAGCAGGAGCCCCGGGAAAACAUCCCAAAAAGACAAGCAGCCAGCCGACGACAGCAGCGCCACAGCGCCAUCACGCCACAAACACUCCAAAAAAAGCAAAAAGAAGAAGAGCAAGAGGAGGAAACCCAAGAGGGACAAAAAGAGCCAGUCGCCUGGGGGUCAGAGUUCAUCUGCAGAGUCAGGGAAGGAGUCUUUGGACGAGGGGGAGGAGAAACCCUCUCCAAACCUUGACGUAGACAGCAGUACACAGACUCCUCAUGAUGUAGACAACACUACCCAGAAGACUGUGGAUGUAGACAACACUGCCCAGGAGACUGCUAGGGUAAAUGCCAUACUUAGUCUCAUGUUGUCUGAGUCUCUUGAUAAUGCCAAUGCAGUCACUUCAGACAUACAGACCCAGGUCAAAAAGGAGGCUGAGGAUCCCUGUCCACCUAUUGUCCCCUCUCCUAGCCCUGGGGAUGUGGACAUCGCUCAGACUCCUGGGGCCACGGACAACACACUCUCCCCAGACCUCCAUAGUAUCUUCCUCAAGCAGGAGUAUCCCUCUCUACCCAGUGUGCCUGAAGAGGAAUAUGAACAGGAUCGACCUGAGACGCUGCCUGAUUCUCCUGACGAACCAUAGUGGAAUUAAAUGUGUUCUGUAUGGACUUCACCGUGAAUGCUAUGGCCAUUUUGAAGGGUACACUGUUUAUGCAUUGUUUUCAUUUCAAUGUUCACCAAUGCACUGCUCAACCUAGCUUUUACGAAUGUUAGUUUGUUCCGAAUGUAAGAUGUGACAAUUAAAUGUUUUUAUACA